AUGGCCAGUUUACUUGCAGAUGUUACUAACGUUCAGGCUUCUCACAAUGGGAAGGAACAUAAAGCCGGCGUUGUUCUUCAUACGACAAGGCCUUCCGUAAUCCGCCAUGACCCAUACGGGUGGAAAUGCCUUAUCCAACCAACGCUCCCCGCAACCGCAAUUGCUUUCCCGGAUAUAAUGUUUUCGUCGAAAAAUUUAAACGAACCAGAAAAUUUACACGACGGGGAUGAAGCUCCGGCAUCACCUGCCACGGCGCCUGUAUGCAGCGCCCUAGUGCAGUUUAAAUGUCAUCAAAAAGAGUUUUCUUCUCCUAUUCUGGUUGGGAAAGGCCAAUAUGUCGUUGUGGAAGGUGACAGAGGAAUUGAUGUCGGUGUUGUCAUUCGGGUAAAUACGGAUUCUUGCAAGACCUAUGUGGAGCGUUCUGGACCAACAGGCAACAUUUUGCGGUACGCAACGCAACAGGAAGUGGACUACUGGGCUAUUGACCUGAAAGAGCAAGAAGCUAUUGCCGUUACUUACUGCCAACGGAGAGUCCAUCGUCACAGAUUUGAUAUGGAGAUCCGCCAUGCUGAAUAUCAGUUUGACAAAAAGAAACUCACGUUUUACUAUACCGCCAAGGCGCGUAUAGAUUUCGUUCAACUGCUUAAGGAACUUUACAGAGAGUUUGGGUGCCGCAUUUGGAUGGAAAAAGUAAGGACUUAUAACUAG